AUGUUGGUCAACCGGCUCCGCGGUCGCUGCAGUCCCAGCCUUUGUGCCCCAUGGGCGCGCAGCUACGUCAAGAGGUCUCCGUUCACGGCGAGAGCGGCGUCCUCUGCGCCGCAGAAAGUUGAUCCAGAAGAAAAGAAGACUGCAACACUUCCGCAGCUGUGGAAGAUUCUCCGUCCUGAACGCGGCAGGUUACAGCUGGCAUUGGGAGCUUUGUGUGCAUCUUCUUCUGUGAACUUGUCAUACCCGUACCUCAUGGGCCAUCUCGUUGAUCUCUUCGGCGAGGGCGAUGGCGGACUUCAGUUCGUCAUGGAGCAUACUUGGCUCUGCGGGCUGGUGGUGGUGGCUGGGGGCUGCGCCACUUUUUGCAGGCUCUAUCUCAUUGAGACCGCCAUUGAGCGAAUCGCCUUCCGCCUGCGGCGGGAGUUCUUCGCAGCACUGAUUCAGCGGCCAAUCUCGUUUUUCGAUAACAAUAAGACUGGGGAGCUGGUGAAUCGCCUUGGGAAUGACAUCACGAUGACAAGCCGAGUCCUGAUUGACGCUUCUGCUGGCAUCAGAAGCUCCAUCACUGCCGUUGUUGGCACCUGCAUGAUUUUCCAGCUAGCGCCAAGCGAGAUGAUUGCCGGGCUGCUGGCUCCAGUGGCCACGCUUUUCAUCGUUGGCGUGGGCUACGGCCGCGUGGUGCGCCGCAUUGCCGAGCGGCGCCAGCAGCGGCUGGCCGAGUCCGUGCAGAGGGCGGAGGAAAGGCUCGGCGGAAUUCGGACGGUCCGAACCUUCAACGCGGAGAAAAGCGAAGUGGAAAGCUUUGAGAAGCUGCUGGAUGCUGUGUAUCAAGCGGGUUGGCAAAAUGCCCUGGCUUGGGGUGGAUUGUCCUCUUUCUUCGUGACAGGAGGAGGCUUGUUUCUAAUCCACAUCAUCUACAAUUGCGGGGUGAUGGUCACAAGUGGCGUAGUCAGCGUUGGCACCACCGUGAGCCUGGCAAUGUACUGCUUCAUGGCCGGAUCUUCUUACACUGGCAUCAUGACAGCCUACGGAGAUAUCCAGAAAUGCCUGGGUUCCUCUCAGCGUGUUUUGGAGAUCCUGGGCACCACAGAUGCACAUUCUCCUAUGUCCGCAGCCGUGCCUGCGGUCUCCUCGCUGAAGCCGUUGGCGGUGAGUCUGCAAGAUGUUAGCUUCGCUUAUCCGACGAGGGACUCGCCGGUGCUACAGGGGCUGAAUCUGGAUAUUCCCGCCGGAUCCAGGGUGGCCUUGCUGGGACGGAGCGGCUCAGGCAAGUCUACCGUCGCCCUGCUGCUGGCAGGACUCUACCAGCCCUCUACGGGCAAAGUGCUGGUAGAUGGUGAAGACAUGUUUGCUGACGAAGCCAGAACCGCCUGGGUGCGCUCCCAGUUAGGUUUCAUCAGCCAAGAGCCUAUUCUAUUUGCAUUGACCAUCAAAGAGAACGUGGAGUAUGGCUUACAGGAGGUCGACGGCCGGGAUGAGCGCAUCAAAGAGGCAACGGCCGCAGCCAACGUCGAUGACUUCGCCAAUCAUCUCCCUCUUGGCCUCGAUACCCCAUCAGGGGAGAGAGGUCAGGCAUUGAGCGGGGGCCAAAAGCAGCGUGUAUGCAUCGCCCGGGCAUUGGCGCGCAAGCCGAGAAUGCUGGUCUUCGAUGAGGCAACAUCUGCCCUAGACCUCAGGUCCGAGCGCUUGGUACAUGAGUCGCUGAAGCAAAUCUUAGCUGCGGGGAAGUGCACCUGUUUGGUCAUCACCCACAGGAUGAGUGCGCUACAAUGGUGUGACCGAGUUGCAGUGGUCCAUGAAGGCCGUGUGGUGCAGUAUGGUGAGAAAGAUGAGGUAUUGGCGAAUCCGAGUGAUGCUUUGCAAAGUAUUCUGAGAAACGAUCAGGGUGUCACAUUUGAUUUGUAG